ACACAUCCACCUUCAAGGCCAUGAAUUGGGAGCGUCCAGUCAAACAUAUCGACUUCUUUGACUUGUGCAUACAGGUUGUUGGUUGUCAAUUUCGUUUUUAAUAUACAUCUCCAUCUAAAAGUCUUCCAACUAUCUCCAUGCAACCUGGACAGUUGCGACGCGAGCAGCCUAUACAACCUUCGUCGAUUCAAAAGAUGCUAGAUGAGAACGUCCGACUUAUACACAGUCUUAUGGCACAUCAAAGAGUUGGAGCCGUUAAAGAAGCAGUGGAAUUAGAACGUGUUUUACAUCGUAAUCUUAUUUAUUUAGCCACAAUUGCUGACCGUACAGCGACUCAGCAUGUAGUCGGACCAACAAAUUGUUCACACCCAAUUCCUUCCGGUUUGACUCAACCUAAUCAAAUUCAAGACUCUGCACCAAAUUAUCCAUUAUCUGUAGUUAACGCAUCAUCGGAUCUGUCCCAGUCAUCUGUUGUUGGACAACCCCAUCAAAUUUCAGUUAAUUCGUCAGUUCAGCAUCCAGUACCUAUGGCAGUCGGUCCUACAACAAUAUCUACUGUUGGGAAUCCUAUUAUGUAUCAGCAGUAUCUUGUUUCCUCUGCUUCUCAUGUUCCAAAUAAUUUACAAGUUACAUCACAAAAUCAUAUGGGAAUAAGUGGUUCCGGUCAGUUUCAACAACAUGAACGUGUAGUGCAACAUUCUGAUGGACAAAUUGCAUCUGUCGAAUCGAGUGGUAACGUUUCACCCAAUUCAAUCGCAAUGGUUUCCUCAUAAUUUACAUAUAUUAAAAACAAGUUGAUGUGUUCAUACUGUUCAAUUAUGUUGAUUCGUUUAGACUAACCUAAACCCUGACGCUAAAAAAAGUGAAUGACCAAUAAUUUUGAAUAUGAUUGCUCAGUUUUCAACAUCUCAUCGUCCAAUCCUUAAUUUUUUUUAUGAGCGAACGUUUUUUUAGAGCUAUGUGACAGUUCUAAUCACCUUUUUUUCUGUUUUUAAAAGCAAUUAAUAAGAUAAUGUAAGGCGAAUAAAUGUUUUACUCCCGAAUUUCUGAUUUUCAAAAAAAAAUCAUAAUGUAACUUAUAUUUGAAUAUUUAUGCCUUUUCAAACUAGACUGAACAAUAAUUUAGGAACAUCGUAUCCGAAAAGCUUUAUGUAGUGACAACUUGGUGAUAAUGUAUCACCAUAAAAACAGUAAAACAUGUUUUUGUCCUUUUGAACCAAGUGUAAAUUUAGUGCAUCAUUUCAAUGUCAUAUAAUUACUGUUAUCGGUAUUAAGACUUUUCCCUUCAAAUUAUUUUCAAUUUAUGCUGAAAAUAAACCUGUGUAACAGUUAAUUCAAAUGUCCGUUGUCUAUACAGUAUUAUGUAAUCAAAUGUUAUGAUCUAGUAGAGAUAAAUACUAGUAUUCUUUUUUUUGAUACUAGUAAUGCUCUAUUAAUCCCUAUCACUAUCUGGCAAAAUAAAU